AUGGAAACAAGCAACAGAAGUUUGCAAACAGAUUUCAUCCUACUGGGGUUUUCUGAUCGACCUCAAUUGGAGCCCAUCAUCUCUGUGUUUGUCUUCAUCUGCUACUUGGUGACUCUGAUAGGAAACUCAACCAUCAUAAUUGUAUCCUACCUGGACCCCCAACUCCACACCCCCAUGUACUUCUUCUUAUCUAACCUGUCAUUAUUGGAGCUGGGUUAUACAAACGCCAUCAUCCCCCAGAUGCUGGCAAAUCUAUGGGGUCCAAACAAGUCCAUUACAUAUGCAGGCUGUGUUCUUCAGUUCUUCUUUGCCCUGGUCUUUGCAGCCACAGAAACUCUUCUCUUGACGGUGAUGGCCUACGACCGCUAUGCUGCCGUCUGUCAGCCUCUGUACUACACAGUCCUAAUGCACCCUCAGCUCUGCCAGAAGAUGGUGCUGACCUGCUGGGUGGGUGGCCUUGGCAGUGCCGUAACUGUUUGCUCCUGGAUUUUCAUGUUGCCAAGAUGUGGGCACCGUGUAGUGGACAACUUUAUCUGUGAGACACCAGCAUUAAUGAAAUUAGCUUGUGGUCACACAAGAGUAAUUCAGAUUGUUAUCUUAGUUUUUGGAGUUAUAUUUCUUCUAUCGCCUGUAUCACUAAUUUUCAUUUCAUACGCAGUCAUCACUCAAGCUGUAAUGAGGAUGCAGUCAGCAGCCAGGUGGAGAAAGGUCCUCAAUACCUGUGGAUCUCACCUCACAGUAGUAGCUCUGUUUUUUGUGCCAGCUAUUUACAUGUACAUGACACCACAGAGUACCAAAUCCGAGGAGGAAGGAAAGUUCUUUACACUCUUUUAUACAAUCGUCACACCCAGCCUGAACCCACUGAUCUACACUUUAAGAAACAAAGAUGUGAAGACUGCAGUGAAGAGAAUACUGGUGAUAGAGGCAUGGUCAGCAAAGUUGUGA